AGCCGGCGAAACAGUGGAUGUCAGACCCAAAGACCGCCAGAGUGCGCUAUUAUUCCUGACGUCGUUAGAUUGGGGCUGUGUGGAUGCGAGCGUCCUCACCGAGUAGCGAGACAAAGCAGUUUUCUUGUUAUGAACUUCUUCCUCCUCUAUCCGCGUCAAGGUCUUCGAAAAAAGAGCUCAUUUCAAGAGCCAAACUAGAACUGCUACAGGAGUCGUCCGCAGUAGGCGAUUGCACUUUUGCACACAGUGGAUAGACUUGGCCACCAAUGGUGCAUGGAGAAUUCUGAUCGAACAGAAGUUCUCGUCUAAACGCACAAAUUACAGUUUUAUGGGAAGGACGUGCUGAUUACAACAAUAACAUUGGAAAAUGGUUCAACAAAGGAUAUUCCGGGCGGUUAUCAUGGGACCUCCAGGUUCAGGGAAGGGCACAGUGUCGGGGCGCAUAGUAAAACGUUUCGGAUUAUCGCAUCUUUCAAGUGGAGACCUUUUGAGAGCCAACAUUAAAGCCCAAACAGAGCUGGGUCUUCUGAUGAAGUCAUGCAUCGAUCAGGGUCAGCUGGUACCUGAUGACGUCAUCUCCCGUCUCGUUCUGACAGAGAUGAGGAGCAUAGAGCAGAGCAGCUGGCUGCUGGACGGUUUCCCCCGCACCGUGACUCAGGCGGAGACUCUAGACGGCGUGUGCAGUGUGGACACAGUCAUCAACAUGGACGUUCCUUUCCAGACCAUCAAACAGAGACUGACCUCUCGCUGGCUCCACCUGCCUAGCGGACGCGUCUACAACAUUGACUUCAACCCACCCAAGAUCUCUGGCCUUGAUGAUGUCACUGGAGAGCCUCUGAUUCAGAGAGACGAUGACACACCAGAGACCAUCACCAGGAGGCUGAGGUCUUACGAAAACCAGACACAACCCGUGUUGGAGUACUACAGGAGCAAAGGGAUGUUGGAGACAUUCUCAGGAACGGAAACCAACAAGAUCUGGCCUCACAUUCAGGCAUUUCUGUCCAAAAAACUCUUCCCCCAAAAUGAUAAGGUUGUUGGGAAAGCCUAGAAUCCACUCUGGGAAAGGAUGGAUUAGUUUAACACACCUUAAAUGGAACUUAACUCUUUGGUCCAAACCAUAGCAGUAUCUCUGUGCCUAUAUAAGACCAUGCCACUUAGUACAACAUAUUGUAGUUGGAUAAGGACCACUUGUUCAACCAAUGUCACAUUCUGUCUGUUCAUUCCAUAUGUAGCCUGAUCCCAGAUCUGUUUAUGCUGUCUUGCCAACUCUUAUUGUCACUGUCAAGCUAAACAUCGAUCGUAGUAGUUGGCAAGACGGCACAAACAGAUCUGGGAUCAGGAUACUCCAUUUGUAACUUGUUGCUAGGUGAUGUGGACUUGUGUCCUUGGUCUCUGUGUGUGUGUGUGUGUGGGUGGGUGGACAGGACAGGACUUGAGGCUAAAGUGCCAUUAUGUGAAGUGGUCUUGAAUUAAUCAAUGUUUGUAGGGCCAAGUGCCUGUUGUCGACUGUACUUUAUCAUGUAGUAGAAGUUUUUAAAUGAUCGAAAAUGUGAAUCACCAUGCAGUUAUUAAUACAUUAAAAUACUGAUUUUAUGCCUAUGACUGACGACACUGAUUGUAGGGAAACAUUUGUCACCAUUUUAAGCUGACAUUUUAAAUUGUUAAAGUGAAACGUAGCAAUAUUAUUACCAUAGUAACCACAUUUCCAUCCAGUUUUAUUUGAGUGAAGUCAUAUCCUAUAAAAUUUCAUAAAAUGAUCACGACAGCUGUGAUGGAAACAGGUUUCGGUGUAAUUUUGUAAAUGCUGACAGAUAAUUUGUUGGUUCGACAUGGUAGGAUCUUUUUGUGUCAGUAAAAUGUAUUAUGCGGUAAAUAGUGGUGGAAACGUCUAUGCGCAAAAUAUUGAAAUAACCAUAUGAAAGUACAUUUGGAGUCACGCGAUGAUAUAGUGUGUGUGAUCCUCCAACUACAACUCAGUAAACCACACAGUUUAUUAGGCUACAGAUGAAAUAAGUUAUGAAGGGUGGUGGAACUGCACGGUGAUAAGAUGGAUGCUGCUUUCCAAUAAAUAGAGGGUCUUAUUCU